CUCUUUCAUUGAGCAGUGUGCUUGGUGCUUAGAGAAGGGGCAGGAGUAAAAGUUCCUCGUAAUUUUCGUCUGUUGGAAGAACUUGAAGAAGGUCAAAAAGGAGUAGGCGAUGGAACAGUUAGCUGGGGCCUUGAGGACGAUGAAGAUAUGACACUCACAAGAUGGACAGGAAUGAUUAUUGGGCCUCCAAGAACAAUUUAUGAAAACAGAAUAUACAGCCUUAAAAUAGAAUGUGGGCCUAAGUAUCCAGAAGCACCUCCAUUUGUAAGAUUUGUAACAAAAAUUAAUAUGAAUGGAGUAAAUAGUUCUAAUGGAGUGGUGGACCCCAGAGCCAUAUCAGUCCUAGCAAAAUGGCAGAAUUCUUUUAGUAUCAAAGUUGUUCUGCAAGAGCUUCGGCGUCUAAUGAUGUCUAAAGAAAAUAUGAAACUUCCUCAGCCACCUGAAGGACAAUGUUACAGCAAUUAAUUAAAAAAAAAAUAAUCAUGCCCCUUUAUUCAAUUUAAGCUGUCUUCAUUUUCCACAGUAGUAAAUUUUCUAGAUGCAUCUUGUAGACCUCAAAAUACUGGAAAGGAAGUUCCCAUUCAAAGAAGAUUUUUCUUGAGAUACUGUAAAUGAUACUAAUUUUUUUUCAUUUGAAAUAUAAGUUGUGCUAUAACAAAUAAUCCUGUCGUGUAACCACUGUCCACAUAGCUGAACUUCUGGUAUCAGGAAAAGUCGAUUUAAAUUGAUUACUGUCAAGACCAGUGUGGCACAUCUAACUUAACUGUGAAGCAUACAUCCCACAAUCACCUUGCUGUGUGUCUGGCCUGGGUUGUUUUGUUGUUUAUUUACUUUUUCUGUCUUUUGCAAUAGUGUUGAAGCUCAGGGCUGUUUAUUAGAAUAGACACAAAGGUUUUUGUUUCCAGUACGACACUGGGCUUAAUGGACUACUAAUGGGGAUGUGUGCUAACCUCCAUCAUCCCUCCCUUUGUGCUAUUUCUAGUAAAGGCUGAAUGUGACUGUGGUCAUUUUUGGUUUUAUAUUUUUUUAAUGCCCUGGUAAUCUGGGGCAAGCUUUCCUCUGGCCAAGGCAUAGAUUGUAUUUCUCUUCCUGAUCUCCCUCACCAGUAACAUGAGCAUUGGAUGAGGGAUUCGGGCUUCUUUUAAUCUCUUCCCUCUUCCCCUCUUUUUAGUGGGGAUGCUGCUUUCUUUUUGCCCCUCUCUGUGUCUCUUCUCACCCCUGGAUGGCAGGGGUAAGCACUGGGGCAAUAACUUGACAUAUUCCCUUCUGCUUAUUGUUUUAGUUUUGCAACAAAUUUAGUCUUCACCAGCCUGGGAAUCAAGAGUAUCUGUUCUGCUCGCAAAUGUGGAUUUUCCCCGUUCCUCUGGCAUUGCUGCCACACAACCAAGCUGGCUGCGGCUGAUGUUGUUAGAUAGGCUUUUGACAUGGUGAAAAGAGCAGUAAUUUACCAGGAUGGCCAAAAUCUGCUGCUGCCAGGUCUGCACAUAGGUUCAAAACACACACUCCAAUUCCAGUAGCUGUAUUGUUGGUGCUUUGGAAUGACCCAGGAACGUUGAUUAACUGAGUGCAGCACCCAGGUUGGCCCUUCUAAAAGUCUGACAGACUAAUCGAGUCAGCAUAGAUUCCAUUAGGAUUCUCUGAGUCUUGGAAGAGAAAACCCCUCAGUGAAGAUCUGGGGAAGUGGUGCAUACAGCAGAGUAAGGACUGGUAUUGGCUUUGCAUCCUGGCAAAUCGCUGCCUUUUCUGUUUUACUCUUUUGGACCACUAACUGCAAUGUGGAUGCAAGCUUACAUGCAACCAACCUAGUGUGUCUGAAAUUUUAUGAAAAGAUCAAGUGUUUGUGUAAAAAAAAAAGAAAAAAAAAGAAAAAGAAAAAAAGAAAAAUACAUUUUAAAGCAGCAGCUAUCAAGUCCAUGAACAACGAUGUUUCCAUUAACUCUUUUGAGGAAAAUAUUAGUUGUAAGGAUUUAACAUCCUCUGUAAUUAAGAUUUAACAUAACAGUAUUCCAUAAGCAGCCUUUUUAUUGUAUCAGACCAUUGCCUGAUUUUAAUAUAAUAAAAAGUGUGCAUUAAUAUUAGAAGGCUUUAAUUGUAUUUAUGUUUAGAUUUCGAUCCCCUAUGGAACUUUUGAUUUGUCGGAAGUAUCUUCCUACAGAUCACACUUAGUUAACAGCAUGAAAACAGGCGGUGAAAGGCAAUUGUCUUUAUCCAGCUGCUGCUGCUGCUGUGCCAAGGAGAAGCUUUAGUUUUAAUUUAGCCCUCAGACAGACCUGCGUAGAGUUGUCAGAGGCAAUGCCAGUGGUGCUGAGGAGCCUGAGGAGCCGGUACUGCAGUGACCUUUUGUGCCCUAAUCCCGAGGAAAUCAAAUCCACCUGUGGUUGCAUUGUCACGUUAAUGAAGAACUUCACAGCCUGAAAUUUUACCUGAUUCUCAAGUGGUGAACUGUGAAAAACAGACCUCUGUAAAUCUGGAUAAAGGUGGAGCUGCACAAUUUGGGCUUUUUUGGAUGCAAAGAGUCUCUGCUAGCGAAGAUUGCCGGGAGGUCUCAGUUGCGCAUUCACUUCAGUACUGCGAUGAAAUGCGGAGUUCUGGGUGUGGGGACAGAAAAGGGAAUGAGCUGUACGUGCAAAACUUGCGCUGUCCUCUGGUCUUUGCUGCUCGUAGCUCAGAGGGCACCUGUGAAGACAGAGAGACUAAUACUGUGUCAGCAUUGUGUGUUUUUGAAGUUGCUCUGUAUCUGAAGGUGUUAAAUGGGAACCGGCAAAA